GGCGGCGGCCCGGGCGGGACGAUGAAGCGGCAGAACGUGCGCACGCUGGCGCUCAUCGUGUGCACCUUCACCUACCUGCUGGUGGGCGCCGCGGUCUUCGACGCGCUCGAGUCGGAGCCGGAGAUGAUCGAGCGGCAGCGGCUGGAGCUGCGGCAGCAGGAGCUGCGAGCGCGCUACAACCUCAGCCAGGGCGGCUACGAGGAGCUCGAGCGCGUCGUGCUGCGCCUCAAGCCGCACAAGGCCGGCGUGCAGUGGCGCUUCGCCGGCUCCUUCUACUUCGCCAUCACCGUCAUCACCACCAUCGGCUACGGCCACGCGGCACCCAGCACCGAUGGCGGCAAGGUGUUCUGCAUGUUCUACGCGCUGCUGGGCAUCCCGCUCACGCUGGUCAUGUUCCAGAGCCUGGGCGAGCGCAUCAACACCUUCGUGAAGUACCUGCUGCACCGAGCCAAGAGGGGGCUGGGCAUGCGGCGCGCCGACGUGUCCAUGGCCAACAUGGUGCUCAUUGGCUUCUUCUCGUGCAUCAGCACGCUGUGCAUCGGCGCCGCCGCCUUCUCCUACUACGAGCACUGGACCUUCUUCCAGGCCUACUACUACUGCUUCAUCACGCUCACCACCAUUGGCUUCGGCGACUACGUGGCGUUGCAGAAGGACCAGGCGCUGCAGACGCAGCCUCAGUACGUGGCCUUCAGCUUCGUCUACAUCCUCACGGGCCUCACGGUCAUCGGCGCCUUCCUCAACCUCGUGGUGCUGCGCUUCAUGACCAUGAACGCCGAGGACGAGAAGCGCGACGCCGAGCACCGCGCGCUGCUCACGCGCAACGGGCAGGCGGGCGGCGGGGGCGGCGCGGGCGGCGGGGGCGGCAGCGCGCACACCACCGACACCGCCUCAUCCACUGCGGCGGGCGGCGGCGGCGGCGGCUUCCGGAAUGUCUACGCCGAAGUGCUGCACUUCCAGUCCAUGUGCUCGUGCCUCUGGUACAAGAGCCGCGAGAAGCUGCAGUACUCCAUCCCCAUGAUCAUCCCGCGGGACCUCUCCACGUCCGACACGUGCGUCGAGCAGAGCCACUCAUCGCCGGGAGGGGGCGGCCGCUACAGCGACACGCCCUCGCACCGCUGUCUGUGCAGCGGGGCGCAGCGCUCCGCCAUCAGCUCCGUGUCCACCGGCCUACACAGCCUGUCCACUUUCCGCAGCCUCAUGAAGCGCAGGAGCUCCGUGUGAACGCCCCCCUCUGGGGCCUGGAGCACCUAAGAGCACGGGCGGGGUGGGGCGGGGUGAGGGGGAAAGGGGCUUCUGCCCCAGGAGCAGCAGGGGUCUGCGAAGGGACCGUCCCAGCCGCCUUCGGCCCCGUGGGGGCGCCCCUACACCCCUCACCACCCUCCCCCUGCCCCCCAUCUCCGACUGUGCCUGCUCGCACCAGCCGGCAGGAGCUGGGGCUCUGAGGAACCCCGGAGUCCCCAUCUGCGCCCUGCAAAUUCCGAGAAAUGUGAAACUUGUGGGGAGGGGAGUCGGGGAGGGAAGGCAGAAGCUGGGAGCCUCCCAUCCCUUUGGAAAAAUUAGGAGCUCGCCAGUUCGCAGAGGCCCCUGCUGGUAUCCAGAGCCCCCCAGCCCCUCCCCCUCCUCCUUCCGGAGGGAAAUUAGUGUUCCGUGUAAGUGUGCAUCUCUAUUUAUACCUCUGUCCUUCCAGGUCUCCUGCCUUCCCUUGGCUCCAGAAGUCAGGUGUCUUUGUCGAGGUCACCCCCACUCAGUCCCACUCCCCUUGCUCAUCCCCAGCUGUGUCUCCCAGUCUCCCACGCCCUUUGGUGUUGUUUUGCAUGGCUUUGCAGUUUUGGAGGAAAUGGAAACCCAGCAGUCCCUAAAGCUAGUCCCCAGAGGGCAGGCAGAUGGAAGCAGGGGCAGGCAGGCUGCAGGAGGGGUGGAGAAGGGAAGGGGCAGGUAGGGGCCCAACAGUCUGCUGGAUGGGCCCCCUGUAGAUGAGAGCUAACUGGCCUGCAGGCAGACCCAGCCUUCCAGAUCAGACACCACCCUUGGAAUCAAACAGAAAACUUCCUCCUUGUGGUCACUGGCUGCUGCUACUAAUCACUGACUCUUAGAUCUGAGGAGCAAGUUGGAAAACCCUGUCCUCUCUACUGAUUGGUUUGAUUCUCAACCUCCCCCCACCCCGCCCCGCCCCCAGUUAGGUCACCAGGGCAGGAGUUCUCACCCCGAUUUUACAGAUGGCACUGAAACCCAGACGUGUGACGCGACUUGCCCAAGAUGACACGGGUAACAAAAGGCAAAGGGGAGCAAGAACACAGGCUGUUUGUCCCCAGUGCUCUUGCCUUCUGACUCCUCUGCCUGCUCUUUGCAAGCAAAGUUCCUGGCCUGCACACCCUGGCAUUGGGUGGGCAGCUGGCCCUUAGACCAGGACCAGAGCUCAGGACUGAGCCUGUGCUGGGCUCAGCCGAUCCUCUACUUGGCCACGAUGCAGGGCUCUGAGUGGGCUGCUGACACAGGGCAGGAUGCUCACCCCCACCCCCAUCCCCUGCGCAGUCUCUGAACUUCCCCCUCACAAACAGGGGAAUCCUUAGGGCCAGGUAAACAAAGCUGAGACUCACAAACGAAAGGCCAGGAGCUGGGCUCUAGGAGUCUGGGAAUCCGGCAGAGUGGCCUAGAGAGCCACAGGCCUGUCCUCCUGGGACGUGAUCUCUGGCCCCACAGACAGCGAUGGUACCUGUGUCCCAAGGAGCUAGAGAGAAACCAUGGCUGCAGCAAGGAACGGCCCCCCCUGUUGCACCCACUGCCUGCCCCACCUGCGACCUGGAAGCUCAGGUGGAGGGCAGCAGAUGGAGGUGAGAUCCUAGGCUCUUCACCGUUGGCACCCAGAGCAGGAACUGGGACCGUGACUCAGGACACCAUCGAGGGGUGGGUGAGGGGCCUCUCCCCCUCCAGACUACUCCCUCUUACUGCUCCUGUGUCAGCUCCUUAACACUGCUGAACAGGGCCGACCCUGGCAUUCAGGGAAGCUGGAGUGGGGGCCCCCAAGGUGAUCAGCCCCAGCCCUACCCCGACCACAUGCUCAGCCUCUGGGCGUCUCCAGGAGGGAGGAAGUCUGUGUGUGAGUCCUGUCCCAGUGGGGAGGACCUGGCUGCCCAGGUGCCAUAGAGAGCGGGGCCCAGGACCUGGGUUUGCCCUCUGUGUCUUCGUUGAGGGGUGCGGCGGUGCUGGCUGCUUCUGUCCUGUGUGUGACCCUGCCCUCGAGGGGUCCCGUCCCGUCAAUCCCGAGGGAGCCACAACCAAAGUUGCAGGGAGAUGGUGGGGAAGGAGGCCGAAUGGCGCUCACAGAGUGGGCUGCUCUGUCUCCAGCCGGUCUUUCCUAGUGAACUGGAAGGCCAACAUUGCUUCCCUCACCCCUCCCACUGCAGGCAGCCUCUCUGCUUCCCCAAUGCCUUAUGCCUGGGCACACUGCCACAGAAUAUGCAAUACGUGUGGGUGACAUGCCCCUGCACCCACACCCUCACCCCGGGCAGCCCCUGGACCCCAAAGGCCGCAGCUGCCACGGCCUGCCCUCAGCCCCUCCUGUGUAUCUGUCUUCACACCCAGAAUGGCGCCUAAUAAAUACUGUCCAUGGAGACCAGG